AUGGGUAUUAAAGAUAAUAUAAAUGAGGAUCUAUCAGACGAUUCGAAAAAAGAAAGACAAGGACUUGAAUUAACAGAAGAAAGAGUUCUUGAAGAAAAUAUAAAUAAAAUUGAUAUACAAGAAAAAAAAGAAAAUAAAGAAAUAAAUAAAGGAGAUAUAAAUAAUGAUAAUGAAGAAAUUGAGAAUUCAUAUAUUAAGGAAAAUUUAGAUCCAUUAAAUGAAAAUAAAGAUAAUUCCAGUGCUAAUUUGAACGGAUUAAUAACUAAAGAACUUAUCGUUUCAUCGAUUUCACCAACUGAUGAGUUGAAAAUUUCGCAAUUGGAUUCAGAUAACAAAAAUUUAGAGAAUACCUUAAUUACAGAUGACAAAGAAAAUAAUUUGAAUAAUGAAAAUACUCAUGUUAUUAUUGAUAAAGAAAAAAAUGAUGUAGAUGUUCCAUUUAUUGAAAGUAAAACCUGGGGAAGCUUUUCUUUAAAUGUAAACUCUAAAUUUCCUAUUACCCAAAAAAAGAAUAAAAACACAGCUAUAAAUGAUGCUCCAUUAUAUAUUGAAGUUAAGGGACUUUUGGAAGUUAUUAAUGCUCAAGAUUUUGCAAAAAAAGUAAAUAGGAAAAAUACAAAUUUAAAUGUAAAAGCUCAAAAUUCAUUAAUUAAGAAACGUUCCUAUAGUGUCCCAAAUAAAGCAGUUGCAAAAAACAUUCCAAAGGAUAAUUAUAAUAUGAAUUUGAAGAAGCAGAAUUAUAAAAGUGUAUCUCUUCAAAAAAAUUCAGGAUUAAAUAAAUUAGCAAUCACACAAAAAAAACCUUCUAUAUUUAUUAAACCUUUAUCAAAUUCCCCGAAAACAUUAAGCAAAAUUCCUUAUAGCAAAUAUGACGUUAUAAGAAAACCAUUGGACGUGAAUAAAGGCGGAAAGGGUACUUUUAGAUAUUUAGAAAAAAAAAAACCUAGCAUAGAAGAUUCACAAAAAAUAAAUACAAAGGAAAUUAUUAGAUCUAAUAUUGCAUCUUUUAAAGAAAGUCCCAUAGGAGAAAAAGGAAAAAAUAUGGCAGCAAAGAUGGAGAAACAUUCUCACAAAUUUUCUCCUAAAGUUAUGCCUUUGUUAAUGAAGGAGAAGAACGUGAAACAUAAAGCACCUCCUAAAGGUACUAUAAAGCAUACGCUAGAAUAUUUAAAAAGAGCAGCAGAAUCAAGAAUGAAAGAAAAUGAAUUAUACAAAUCAAAAAAAGAUAGCACACUUAGUUCAAUUGCAAUAAGAAAAAAUUCCAUAGCAACAAGAAAAAUUGAAACAAAACCAAAACUACCAUCAAAAUUUAAUCCCUUAAAAAAAGAGCCCCUUAAAAAGACAAAGACAAAUUUAGAUGCAAAAAAAGUUUUUAUGAAAAAACCAACAUCUAAAAUUGUACAACAGAUGAAAAUUAAAGAAAAAGAGAAGAAAAAGAAAAUACCAGCUAAAUUUAUGGAUCCUAAAAAAGAAAAAGUAUCUUCCAAAGAUAUAGAACAGAAGAAUAAUUUAAAAAAAAAAGAAAGCAAAGGGUUUAAUAAAUCUAAGAUAGAAGGAAUUAAACAACUAGAAAAGAAAAGGGAAGAAACAAAUAAAGAAAAUAAAAUGAUGAGUAUAAAUGAUAAGGUGAUAGAAGAAAAUAUAGUAAACAAAGAGGAAUUUAUAAUUGAUAAUGUAGAGCCUGAAACUGAAAGGGAGAAGACAAUAGAAGACAAAAAUGAAUCUGAACUCGAAAAAUAUGAGAAAAAAUUAUAUGCUUUAACUGAAAGCGAAACAGAAAAAGAAGACGAGAAAUUAUUUGAAAUAAAAAAAUUGGAGAAAGAAAAAAAUAUGGAUGAUAAGGAAAUUUUUGGAUAUAAAAAAGACAACAAUGGUGAAAAUGAUAAAAGUGAUGAAAAUGAUAAAAAUUAUAAAAAUAAUGAAAAUAAUAAUAAUAAUGAUAAUAAUGUUGAGAAGGAUUCAUUCAAUGAAAUAAAUAAAAUAGAGAAUGAAAAACAAAAAGAAGAAGAAAAAGUUAUAUUGAAAGAUGUUGGAAAUAUAAAAAAAGAAAGCGAGUUGAAUGUUUCAAGAAUAUCUGAAGUAGAAAAAGAAAAAUCGAAUGUAGAUGUCCAAAUGGAACAAAACAAAUUUAAUGGUUCAAAAAAUAAACAACAAGAAGAAAAUCUUACCGAACAAGUAGAAUGGGAAAAAGACGAAAAUAAAAUGGAGGAAGUAGUAGUGUCAUUGAAUAAAAUACAUAAUGAAGAAAAUGUGGGCAAAAAAAAGGAACAAGAAAAAUUAAUUGAAAAAAUAAAAGAAGAAACAAUGGUAGAUGAUAUAAUAAAAGAUGAUACUAUUACAGAUGACAUAGUAAAAGACAAAAAAAAAUUAAGUGAAAUAGAGAAGGAAGAAAAUCAAAUUGAUAAAGUAGAGAAAGAAGAAAUAAAAAUAGAUAAUAUAGAAAAAGAAGAAAAGACAUUGGAAGUAGAGAAAAAAGAUGAAAUAGAUAUAGAUAAUGUUACAAAAAAUGAAAGAAUUAUAGAAAACAAAAAGAAAGAGUCCAAAAUAAAAUUAGGAGAAAUGAAAAAGAAAAAAAUGGAUACAAAAAAAAAUGUAGAUAUGAAAAUGGAUAAAAAAACAAUAAAAAAAGAUGAUAAUACAAAGCCUGCAUUAAACAUAAAACAAAAUACCAAACUUCCAUUAGAUCCAAAACAAAAUGCCAAAUCUACAUUAAACGUAAAACAAGGUGUAAAAUCUGCAUUAAUAUCAAAACCAGGUGUAAAAUCUGCAUUAAGCUCAAAACCAGGUGUAAAAUCUACAUUAAGCUCAAAACCAGGUGUAAAAUCUUCAUUAAGCUCAAAACCAGGUGCAAAAUCAGUUCUAGGUAUAAAAUCAAAGACAACAAUGAAAAGUAGUGCAACAACUUUCAAAUCGAAAACAUUUGUUAAUGGAUCUUUAAAAGAAAAAAAGAACUUAAAAAAUGAUAUAAAAACUGGAGAAUUAGCAAAAGGAGGCAAUAGUACUAAUAUAAAUAAAAAUAUUCCUCAAAAGAAAAGCUUAUUAUUCAUGAAAAAGGCAACUACAGGUAUAAAAAAAGUUUCCGUUAGUAAAAGUACCAUAAAAGAAGCAGAGGGUGAAAAGAAAAAAUUAGGAAAAAUACAAAAAGAAUUGUCCCUCCAUAAUGAUGAUAAUAAUAAUAAUAUUAAAGAUAUGAAUGAAAAUAAAAUUGAUAUGGAUAAUAUGAAUGAUAUGGAUAAUAUGAAUGAUAUGGAUAAUAUGAAUGAUAAGGAUAAUAUGAAUGAUAUAUAUAAUAUGAAUGGUAUGGAUAACAUAAAUGAUAUAAAUAGCAUGAAUGAUACUAAUAAUGAUUAUAAUAAUAAUGAUUAUAAUAAUAAUGAUUAUAAUAAUAAUGAUUAUAAUAAUAAUGAUAAGUUUAAUGUUGAUAAGAAAAAAGAUAUAGAAGAAGAUAUACAGAAAGAUAUAGAAGAAGAUAUACAGAAAAAUAUAGAAGAAGAUUUACAAAAAGAUAUACAAGAAGAUAUACAAGAUGAUAUACAAGAAGAUAUACAACAAGAUAUACAAGAAGAUAUACAACAAGAUAUACAACAAGAAUAUUUACUUGAAAAACCCCUUUCCAAAAAAGGACCUUCCACAUUUUCUAAAACCUCAGUAUCUGCUUUAAAUAAAAAAAAGAAAAAAACCUUGAGUAAGUUUAAAACUGUAGAUGUUAAUGGAAUGAAAUUAAACAAGAAUAAAACUUUAGCUUCAUUAAAUUCUACAAACACUAAGAACACAAUGAUACAAGAAAAAUUAAAAAAGAAAAAGAUGGAAGAAAAGGAAAAUGGCUUAAAUAAUAAAAAAUCAUUAAGUUCUAGAUUAUUAAAAUUAAAUACCAAAUCAAACACUUCUGCUAUAAAAAAAAUUAGUUCGCUAGGUGAUAAGGAUAAUAAUAAAACAAAAAAAUCAGUUUUAGGAAAAAGUGGAACAAUAAUAUCUAAAGGAGUUUUAGAAAAAAAUAAAGGAAUACAUAAUAGACCAUUAAAAGAAGCAAAAUCAUUUAAGAAAUUAAAAUCUAAAAUUAUUAAGAAAACAAUAUUGAAUGAUAAUAAUCCAAAAGAUGAAGAGAAAUCGGUUAAGAAAAUUGAAACAUCUCAAAAUAUAACAAAGAAAAUAAAAACUGUACCAUCCCAAAUGAAAUUUGAAAAGAAAAUGAGAAAAUUAAAAUCAGAGAUUUUACACAAGGUAACAGGAAAUAUAAGCAAGAUUAAAGAUAAAAAAACAGUUAAAAAAAAUAAAGAAAUGUAUUAUGAUGAUAUGAUGAGAAAUGUGGAAAAUAAUAAUAAAUAUGAUAAUGAUAAUAAUAAUUACGAUGGUUAUGAAGGUAUUGCUAAGAGAGUAAAUGUAGGGUUAUCAGAAAGAGCUUUAAGUAAAAUCAGAACAUCAAAAGGAAAACAUAAUGAUUAUAUAACCCCAAGAAUAGGUGCUAAUAUUAAACCUAAUAUUAUGAAUGUGAAAUCUAAUGCAUCAAAUUCAGGAUCUUCAGAUAAAGUAUCAUCACGUUCAUUAACAACCCCUCCAUCAACAUCUUCUAAAAAAAGCAAACAAAAAGAAAACAGAAUGGAAGAUUUAAGUAUUGAGGAAAAUUUGAAAGAGAAAUUAAUAAACCUAAAUAUUCAGAAACAGUAUAAUGGUUUCCAUAUGAAAGAAAUAGAGGAACAAAAUAUUCCUGAAUUAAAUAUUCCACAACUUUCAGUUAUUCAUAAUAGAGAAGAUAUGAAUAAGAAUGAUGAAGAAAGAAGAUAUAGAAGUGUUGGAAAUAUUGGAAUAACUAAUUUGAAUGAAUUAUCUGCAGUAUUGGAUUUUAGCAGUAACAAUAACCUUAAAGGGGUUACUCGUGAAUCUUUAAGAAAUUUGUCACUUCAAAUGAAAAUGGAUUUAUCUAAUGAAUAUAAUAUAACAAAAGGAGAACAAACGUCAGAUGUUAAUACAUUAUAUAACCAAAGUACAAUAUUAAAAAAAGAAAUGGAAACAAAAGAAAACCCUUCUAGUUGGUUUUUUGGAAACUGUUGUACUGCAAAUAAUAAUGAGUAUUUCUAUGAAAGACAAGAACCAGUUGUGCAAGGUUCAAGUUCCUUAUUUAAUGUGAAUAACAAAUUUAUUCCAUAUAACCCUAAUUCUGAUAUGUUACACAUUUCUAAUAAUACUAUAAAAUUAUCUAACAUAUAUGAAUCCGAUAUGUUUUCCAAUAGCAUGCAAAAUAAUCUUAUUUUGAAUAAUCAAAAGAACUCAGGACAAAAUAUGAAUAAGACUAUGCCAAAUAAUAAUUCUAUGCGAUUACAAAAAAAAAGACAAUCUUGUAGUGCAACAACGAAUUAUUGUAAUUGCAUUUGA